AUGACAGAAUCCGUUUAUUCGGACGACUCGCUGGAGUUUUACUCGACGCUGACCCGCGAGUCGUUCCAGUACAACCUCACGAAGCUUCCGGAAGGCCCUUUCAGUCCCUCGGAGCUGCUGGUGCAGAGCUACAAGUACUGGUCGCUGGACGACCUCACCAGGUCUUUGGGGUCGCUGCUGCACGAGAUCGACCAGGAACUCAUCGACCUCGUCAACAACGACUACCUGAACUUCAUUGAGCUGGGCAACUCCAUCGACGGGUCGGUGGACCUGAUCCACGACUGCAAAAUCGACCUCAACGGCUACAUCAAAGACUUGUCGAUCUCCAACAUGAAGAUCGACGCCGAUCUCGAGACCGUGGACUCGCUGCUGCUCUACAAGCGCAAGCUGAGCGUGUACAGGGCGAUCAUCAACCAGCUGGUGGUGCUGGAGGAGCAGCUCGCACUUUUCAGUAAGAAGAUCGCCACGGCAGACGUCAAGGAGCUCGUGGUGCUGUUUCUGUCCACCAACAAAAUCUACAGCGCGCUGCUCAAGUACAAGAGCAUCGAGAUGGUGGCCGUGGCGGGCAAAAAGAUCGCCGGGAUGAAAAUCGAGCUCAAGAGCGUGCUGGACAGCAAACUGGACACGGCCACGGGCGACGAGAGAUUGCAGCUCCUAAAAGUGUACGGCGUGCUGGGCGAGGAGCGCGCAUUCAUCAAGGCGAUAAGAAAAACAGACAACUAG